UGCAUGCCCUGCACAAUCAAAUCCAAUGUUUUGAUGUAAUAUUUCCGAUCAAGCUUCCUUUCGUUUGUAAAACAACCCACAAACUGCCGAAGUAGGUAAUAAGCGUUAAAGCGUCGUAGCCUGACAUCAUCAUCUUUGCAUACAUAACCUGACAGGCAAAUAAUGUAGAUGCAAAUCCGGUUAUCCGCAGAGGAAGUACCUCGAACGCGCGUUCGUAGGAUUGAUGUCACAAGUUUCUGGAUCUCAAAAAAAUGGCUGUGAAUUCUGAUUCUUUUACCAGUGGUUUGGAAUGAUAUGUGACUUCUCUGGAAUAACAUGCCCAUAUCUGAGUAUGAAAACAAUUUGAACAUCGCAAAAUGGAAGGGAAUGUUUGUACCCGCUCUUAGAAAGGUAAGCUCAAGCUAGCUAAAAGGAAAAUUUGAGCCAUCGCAUUCCUGUUUCUGAGAAGAAACGGUGAAAUUCCGAUUGAUUAUUUUCCCUUUUCACCCUAUUGAUUGUUUAUUUCAUGGUUUGAAAAGAAGAUUUAUAAUCAGCGGGUAUUGUUUUUUAUGGGAGAGUUUUGCUGAAUAUAUUAUUCUCACAAUCCCAUUUAUAACUUAAAGAGGAGGCGUGAUUCACUGAAAGGGAUUUCUGUUUUAAAGUUUUUGUUUUAAUCCCAUCUUUCAAAUUCGGUUUAGGUCCAAUCGCAGGUUCACCCCUCGUUGAAGGUUCACGAUGACGCCCUAGAAUACAUCGAAUCUUUGAUCAUACAACUUCUGAAUCACCUCUGUGCGGGCCAGCCUCGGUCAGUUGCUGAUGUCGAGGAACGAGUGAUCAAUACAUUCCCCCAUCCGAUCGAUAAAUGGGCCAUUGGAGAUGCACAAGCCGCCAUCGAGAAAGGAAGGAAGAAAAGCCCAGUUGUGCUACCUGCGGAUAAAGUGCACCCUUUGAUUGUAAAGGUGAUUUAUCACUUCGAUUCCGAGGCUUACAGUGGUUUUGUUUUCAUCCUAAGCAGCUGUCACCUAUCACAAGUCUAAUGACUUCGCAAAUUUACCCCGCUCAAAGGCUACUUAUCCUGUGAUUAUUUUACACCCUACAAAGUACACAACAAAAUAAGUUUUUCUCUGUUUCUGUACACUUAAGUUUGUAUACCUGUUUGAAGUACUUUUUAUUGUCUAUUUCAUCUGCUGUUACCCGGCUUGCGGUUGUAAAACAAUUAAAUUUACCAUUAAAGAACACCGGUCAAUUUUCCCAUAAAAUGCUCACUAGAUAUUACAAUCGAGGAAAUUAUAUGCGGUUUUCCGUUUUUCUCCUUUUUAGAUUGUUUUUAAUUGAGCUAUAUACGUAUUGCCAUUUCAGUUCACUAUUUUAAUAUGUUACAAAUUCUUGUGUUUUACUUAAGACUGUACUGUAUAUGUUUAUAGAAAAAUAUCCACCCAGUUUGUAUCACCAUCAAAAUUUCUUACUACCUUUCCUGUAUAACACUAUGUUUCAUGCUUUUAUCUAGCACUUGAUUAAAUAUACGAUGCAUUGAUAAAAAUAGACUAAUGAAUUAUUUUUAACUACAGCUGUACUUUUUGUUGCCCUGGGGAAGACUUUGUACAAAUAAAAUCAAAUUUUAUCAUUCUUUUGGGGUUUGUCUAAAAUUUCAAAUGAGUUUGGAUGUUUAAACAGGACAAAAUAUUGUCCAUUUUCUCUUUAAACUAAACUUAACCCCUUCCCUCCCCCCACGCAGUAGUAUCAGCUGGUGCAGUGUGCAGAUAGUAAAGAAACACAAUGAUUUGUUUUUCAGGAUAUUCUUGGAUUCAGGGUUGAGUUUCAAGUGUCUCUUUACAUUGUUGCAGUAAUGGAGUAUAUUUCAGCUGAUAUCUUAAAGGUAAGCUCGCCUGAUUCAUCCAAUUGCCAGAUUUAUAAACUACAGAAGCUUUUAAGAAGCCUUUGAAUGUUCAACUCUAAUCUAUCUGUCAUGAAACCCCUCUUAUCUAAUUAGUAAUGAGAUAUUAGUCAUGAGAUAUGAGUAAGGGGAGAGGAGGUUACAGGUGCAGAAAACAUUUGACACCUUCUGCACUUUUUUGUAACAAGAAAUUUUGUGUGAAACAGGUUCUGUUUUGACCGCACUGUGGUCUAGGCUCACCUGGCACCCAUUUCUCAAAAGUCCUGGUAUCGUUUUGGGCCCAGAUCAAAACAAUAAUUAUUCAAAUAAACAUUUAAAGAAUUAGAGUGUGGGCCAAAGCUUAGCUAACCAACCAGUCCAUUUUGUUUUGUUAACUGUGAUAGUUUUGUCACAUUAUCAGCAAAACUACAGUACUGAAAUUUCUAUGAGUCGUGAAUGUUGACAACCCAUACAAAAACGUUCUGGGCCCAUCAGUUAUCGGGACUUUUGAAAACUGGGCCCCAGCUUUUAUAGUAGGUAUUGCUGGAUCUAUUGUCAGAUUCUGGGCAGGGAUGGGGAUUGGGGUGCGGGUGGGGGGUGGAGGGUACUUUGUUGUAAAAGGCCAGUGGAGAUGUGGCCUUAAAUAAGACUGCAUUCUUAUGACUGGAUUAACUUUAACAAGAUUGCAUUUUUCUAUAGAGUUACUAGCUGGGGUACUGAUUUUCUUCUUUGCCUUAAGAUUGGGACUAUAACUGGCCACAGAAUAGACUAUUCUAAUCAGGGCUGUGCUCUAGCAGAGCCCAGUACUAGAAAAUCUUACUUUUUUCGUGCAAAUCAUAUGCCGGGCACCCUUGAUUUCACAGGUUCAGAGCUCUGGGCUCCCUUUAAUUUUCGUUAGAGCACAGCCUUGAUAAUGGGUUAGAGUUUCUAAUAGGCCAUCUGCACAUAAUUGGCCCAAUCCGCCGACUGAGACUUGUAGUGCGACAGUUUAUAAUAUCUUAGACAAAGAAGGGAAGUGUGUUGACUGGUCAAAACCAGACCCUCUAGCUAUAACAUGUGAAAAAGUAGAAGUUGUCAAGAUCAUCUAAUUGGUGGAAGUAAAGUAAGUUGUGUUCAUUCAGCACAACAUUUUACAACUACUGUCUGAUAAAUGUUUGGUUUGUUGUUGUAGAAAAGAGUCACUUUAUCAAAGACUUUUACAUGUACAUUCAAACAUUCAUAGAAAACACAACUAUGUAUAGUGGGAACUGACUGCCCAUGGGAUUCAGGUGUUUACAGUUUUUGGUGUGUCUGUUAUCACUUGUGAUUUUAUCGGCUUGCUAUGUCAUAUAUGCAUGAAACAUAACCUGCUUUGUUGAAGAAAAUAAAGUGUGAUUUCUUACAUAGGGGGAAAAAUUUUUGAUUCUUGACGUGGCACUUAUGUAUCUGGCACAUUAAGUUACACUCCACCUUCAUGUCAUAUAGUGCUCCAAUGACUAAUGUCAAAGAGAAAAUGAAGUGUGACUUCUUGCAUCAAGAAAAACAAUUUUUUCGAUGCAACAGGUCACACUUUAAUUUCAUGCUAUUUAACAUGCCAAUGAUGCCCCUUUUUUGCAAACUUUCUUUUGACUAGAAAAAAAAAUUAAAUUGAGGAAAUGACUAGAGUGUAAUAGACUCUCUUGUUUGCAAACUGAAUCAAACAGUAUUUUGUAUCUGGUUGAUGGAAUUAUUGCUUUUAUUAUGGACAUUAUGGACUAAUAUACAAGAUGUCUGCAUAGCGUUUCAGUUUCUAUGAAAACUGUAAACGCCAUAAAUAAUAAUGAUGGGGUGCAUGAAAUAAGCCUCUACAAUGUAAGUGGCUCUUGAUCUAAUGUCAAAUUUUCCGACUGUUUGAAAAGAAAAUAUAUAGUAAUUUAUAAGGAGAAUCAAGCAGUUUAUCGGAAGUCGCUUGGGGGUUAGACAAGUUUUUUACAAGGUUGUUAACAGAGAAGCUGUCAGUUUUAAAGAGUGUCUGCUCUCUGAGAGAUCUUUGAGUCCGAUUAGAUUCUCACACUCAUGCUUCCUGUUUUCAUUCCUAACAGCUGGCUGGCAAUUAUGUGAAGAACAUCAGACAUGGUGAAAUCACAUGCCAGGACAUAAAGGUGGCUUUAUUCGCUGACAAGGUCUCGUACCAUUUAUUUUUUAUGUUUAUGUUUGUUUAUGUAUAGUUCCUUCUUGAUUCUAGUGCAGUGAUCUCUUUUAUAUUUAUAAAAUAAUUCAUUUACCAUAAAAACGUUUCUUUAUGCCUUACCCCUAACUUUCUACUGUGAUUUGAAAAAAAUAAUAAUUAUAAUGAUAAGCUGAAGUGUUCAAAUGGUUUGUGUGAUUGAGUAAAUGUUUGGCUGACUGUUCAAACGAAUUGACUCACCAUUUGAACAGUUUGAUUAUUAAACUGUUUUGAAGGUUUGGUUCACUCUUUGAAUAGUUGAUUCAUAUAAAUUGUUAUUUGAAAGAAUUGCAAAAGUGUUUGAACAUCAUGUUAGGAUAUUUGAAUGGACAUCUUGACUUGUGUUCUCAGUCAUGGGAUAAAUGUUAUUGUCAUUCAGAACAUUGCAGUUGUCAUUCACUGAUGACCAAAUGGAAACAAAUCAAAGAAACACAUUAUUUUCAAGAAGCACAUCCUCUAUUCUGAUCCCUAUAAUUGGAGUUUGAGGAAGACCUAAUCUGUGAUGUUGUUUGUAAAAUAGACUUAAAUUUAAAUCAAUCUCAAUUCUUUACCCAAAAACAUCAGCAAGAUUACUUCGUGUAAUGAAAUUUGUAAGAAAAUUUCGGUCGCAUGCUAGGGAACAACAACGAAUUAAAGUUCACAAGGAUCAAGUUUCACCAUGUCCAUUUCUGAAACCAAUAACGCCCUAUUAGUGUGUUUGCGUUUUUGUCCAUUUAGCUGCACUUUUAAGCCAUUUUUCUGAAGUUAUCAAGGUAUCUAUUGAGGAUUUAGGUAUUGCAAUCUACAUUACAGAAGGAAUUGGACAUCAUAACUCUUCAAAAGCUGCAUAUGCUAUAUAUUCAUGCAUUUAUGAACAUUAUAAUUAUUCAAACCAUCUGAAUGGAUAAUAUUUACUUUUAGUAUAUACAGUGGAUAGUGUUUUUUGGGGCUCUGAUUGGCUACUCAAUCAGUGAAUAUCCUGCACUAUUCACUGAUUCACCUCCAGUUCCUCCGAGCGAGCGACGCCAAACUUGCGUAGGUUGCGUGCAAAAUGCUUUCCCAGUUUGCUGCUGUAACAAACUAAGAAAUUUCACAACUAAUCAAGCAAGCCAAAAUACGUGAAGAAGGUGACAAAGUUCGGUUUGGAAGUUUUAACAGGUAAAGCUUUAUCUUUUUGACUUGAAUAGUUAUCGAUAAAACCGGUGAAAAAGUUUUUUGUUUACAAAUGCAAAUUAAGCUUAAGUCUUGCGCUACUUUAUAUAGUUGAGUUGUUCAUAAAUAAGCUUAGAACUAAAUUUAAUAAUCUUUUUUACAGAAUUAUUUUAAAUACAAACAGAAUUCACAACUCCUUUUGAAGAAAAUUCCCUGCAAGAGCUAAGCAAACGCCUUCAAAAGUUUUAUUUGGCGCUUAGAAAAAGUGACGACCGCGGCCAUUCGUUCAUUGCGCGCCAAAAUUGUAAUCAUUGGCAACAGUAAAUGAGUUAAAAAUCAUCAUUUUGUGCUCAAUUAUCUCACUGUUUUAGUAUAUACUAAAACAACUAUUCACCUCAGUGUCGGUGGCUAGUAGUGGAUAUUUACCUCUCCGCUUCGCGACCUCAGUAAAUAUCCAAUACUAGCAACCUCCACUUCGGUGAAUAAUUGUUAUUUAUCUCCCUGAAGCUAAUGAUCAUUGGUGUCCAUUGUGCCUUUUACGGUAACUUAAAUUUUUACAUUUUCCAGAAGAGAUUUUUUCCUAGAGAAGCUGCACCCUUGAUUUUGCGCCUAAAUUCUGAGCAAUUUCUUGUUGUACUUGUAUACACAAGUUUUUACAUUAUAUUGUGGAAAAGCAAGUGAUACUCAUCACCUUAUUUACAAUAAAAUGUUUUAAAAAGGCCUUUUAAAAAUGCAAUUGAUACCUUGUGAUAAAAACAACACAUUUUCUUUAUUUUUUUCAGCAAAUGCUACAUGAGACAAUAUUAUUUUUAAGUUCUGUAAUGAGAUAUGUUGAUAUCUUAUUAUUAUUAUUAUUAUUAUUACACGUGUGUCAAUAUUCAAUGUUAUUUUAGAUUUUGAAGAAAUAUAUUAAUGACAAUAAACUAAGGUUGUGCUGUAAGCACAUUUCUAAUUAGGGACCUAAUAGCUCUGACCAUAUAGAAUUAAAGGUGUUAACGAUAAAAAUUUGAUGCAAAAACUAAGAUCAUUCUCAGGGUGCGAAGAAAAUGAUUUUUACAGCUUGCCAUUCGGGCAGGCUGAAGCUAGCAUUUACUAGCACAGACGUCAUUUCAACUAGCCCCAAAAACGUUUUGUUCUUCUGUUAUUCAAAUUCCUCAUAAAACAUCACUUGCCAGUCAGGCAAGUUAAAAACAGAAUUCACUAGCCCGAUAGCAAAAUCCACUAGCCCCAGGCUAUCAGACACUACUUUCUUAGCACGCUGAUCCUGUCCUUCUUUAAAGUCAAAAAUUAGUUGUUGGGGACCAGGGCUUUUAGCCAGACAUUGAAAACUGGCCAUCCAGAAGGCAUGUUUGCCCAUACAUGUAGGAUGGCUGGACACCCUUCUGGCUAAAACCUUGCAGGGGCCACUAGGCUCUUCAAGAGCACAGCUGUGCAAACAUUGUGUAACAUUUGUUCACAUUGUUUACUUUUUUAGGUAUUAAUGGAUAUGUUUCAUCCUGAUGAUGUGGAAACAUCUGUGGAGGCAGAGGUUGGCAUUAAUAAUACAUUUGUGCACCGCCCUUAUAAACCCUAAAGGCAAGAUGCAUAAUCAUUUUUCACAAUGACCGUGAUCCAUACAUUUGUUAUGGCAUGGUCAGUGAGGCAAAUUUGUCUCAAGUCAAGACAUUGUACCAGUGGUGAUCAUUUUUUCUAUUCUCUUGACAUUUCUCUUUGAAAAAGCAGUAAUAAUGUAAGGAAAAAUUGCAUGCUGAUCAAAGCUUUUAAUUAAAAAAAUGAAGUGAUUCAGUCAACAGUUUUUUGUCCACAUUGCUUUGCAUUACAACAUUGCAACAUAUUUAUGCCCAACACUAUGCAUGCCUAUUCAAUUUACCUUAUUCUUUUUCAUUAAUAAACUCUUGUGUUUGGUGGAUGAUUUCACAUAACAGUUCUAUGCCAAACAGAAAACACCGCAGGAAAGUAAUGGACAAAAUUUAGUUUGUAGGCAAGCACUUAAAUCUAGGGGUAAUUAAGGGGACCAGGAGAGAAGCCCUCCUGGGGAGAGACAAAAUCGAGUGGUACAUGUACUGGGGAUAUCCUGAUCAGUCUCUGGGGGUGAGGCCCAUAUCCCCUAGUCCCUAGGAACUAAGGCAGAACCAGUAGGGGGCCCUCCUGGGCAGAGUACAGAUCAGGUGGGACUGGGGGUCAGCAUCCAGGAGUGGAUAUUUUUCCGGUAAAGUUCAUAUUCUCGAUCUUGAAUGCAAUGCAUUAAGUGGCAUGCAAUCAAUUUUGCUAAAAAUGCACAAAAGGAACCAUUGCAGAAACUAGUAAUAGAACUGCAACUUUUUCCCAAGCUGCAAUGUCUAGUAUAACAUUUUCUUAUGAAUCCUUGCUUUUUUUCCGAAGAUGUAAUGAUUGUAAAUGCCAAUAUUAUUUUUGCUGAUAGUUUUCUUCGUUUUCCAGUAUUACAAGAAAGCCAUAUCUGCUAGCCUUUUCAUGAUUAAAAACUCUUUUAAAUAUCUUCCUUGUUUAGACACUAAGCCGUGAAACUGCACUUACUUAUGAGGAAGUUGUGCGUGAAGUGAUGCUUGCUGAGAGCCAGUACAUUAGGGAUUUGAACAUGAUCAUCAAGGUAUUAGCAAAUGUGUGUCACUUUUACCAUUUAACAUAAUUUAAUGUAAAGAUUUAGCCAAGGCCAAAGGCGAAGCUCCUGUUAAGAAAUUUAUAAUUUGCUUCAAUCAAUAAACUUGUAACCAUUGCAAAGAAAUCCACUUGGAGUUAAGUCUCCCAUCAGUACAUGUAAUUUUGAAGCCUAAUUAAGUGCCAGCAGAAAACUCAAAAAAACAUAAUUCAUUAAACCUCAAUGGGUCAACACCUGAGCCCAUGGUAUAAUCAUGAGAUACUGGUCAGUGGAUACCUUGUUUUGACAGCUGUCAAUUGACAACAACAUGGGUGUGCAUUAUCAGGACAUUGCAGGCUCCCACACUAGCUAGAAAGUGUGACAUUUCACAUUGGUUGCCCUGUGGUAUGGAUGGACGGGGGGAUGUACGGUCACAAGACUACCAAAAUUUCUUGGAUGGAAAGACCAAAUUUCCUUAUCUACGGGGCUCCCCUUGCAUACCCUCCAUGCAUGUGGGGCUCUAGGACAGUUACAAGAUGUGGAUAUUUUAUUGAUUUUACAGGUUUUCAGAGCACCUUUUGUAGAAGCAAAGGAUCUUUUCACACGCAACGUAUGUACCUCCACUCUAUAUUGUUAUCAUUCUUCUUGUUUUUGGUUGCCGGUAACUCCUUCAAAGGUACUCACAACUGAGGAGUAACUAUGUUUUCUUCCUGAUUAUAUAUUUUACAGGAUAUUGACCAAAUUUUCAGUAAUAUCACUGACAUCUAUGAAUUCUCCGUGACAUUUCUGGGAUUGUUGGAUGCAGCAAUUGAAGUAGCAGAUGAAGGGAAGCAACCAGCAAUUGGGGAAUGUUUUGAAGAAAUGGCAGAGGUAACCUGUGUGUAUGACCCCAUUUUUGCAUAGGUCUGGGCAAAGUAGUGAAUGGUCAAAAACUAGCCAAAUCCACCUUGUGUUUAUACGGGCCCAACCCGUAGAACCAUGCUAGUUUUGGAAUGGCAAAGUGUGCAUGCUUUUGACCUGAUCAGAAGAAGGUCCAAAUUUUUGGAUCAUUAUACAUUUCUAUGAAACUGCCCACCUACCCCUCCCCUAAGCCAACAUUAACACUUAGUUCUCACUUAGGGCAAAAUGUUGGCUUAGGGAGGGGUAGGUGGGCAGUUUCCUAGAAAUGUAUAAUGAUCCACAUUUUUGUACCGGUAUAGUUCCACUUUUACACUGACUUGUGUAAACACCUGAAUCAUGCACGUUUUUGCACAGUUUGCUCCAUAAAAGCCUAGAGCCUAGUUACUUGCCUUUGAUAAAAAAGCCAUUCCAGUGCUGACACUGGCAAAGAGAAAGAGAAUUGUUUGAUCAGUGUAAUAAAUUUAGACAGAGAUAAAAUUUGAGUCCAGUGGUCCACAGUUCAAAAGCACUUAAAGCUUGUAUUACUUCUGAUGAUCGAUUGUGUUUAUGAAAUUCAUCCGAUUCCCAUUUUUACUGGAGACUAGUUGUGUAGCUCUCAUAAAAAAUCAGACAAGACUGAGAUACAUGUACAGGUAAAUUAAAGCAAAAUUUUUCAUAGCAGGCGUUCAUCUAAAAUAAUCACUUCAUCUGGCUAACCAAUCUCUUGGUACUAUAGCAUCUACUCCGAGCAGGUUGCAUGCUUAAUUCAUUAUGAUUGUGUUUGCCUAAUACCAGGGAGCUGAAUUUGAAGUUUAUGAAACAUAUGCUCGUGAGCAGACAGCAUCGGCCAGCAAGCAGUAUAGACAUCUUGGGAUUGGUGGGAAACUCUCAGAAUUGCUACUAAGACCUCCUGUCAAUGAAUAUUUCAAAGUAUGUAUGCUCCAUUUUUAAUUCAUUAAUUUGAUAAAAUAAAUAAUUGUAAUAGAGAACAGAACUUUACCGUUACAGUAUCUGGUCUCUAACAGUUGUUUAACCCCAGUUGUUCAAAGCCUGGAUAGCACAGCACCAUCCACUGGAUUACCUAUCCAAUGGAUAAUCAUUAGGCAAACCAUUAUGCCACCCAAACGGAUGGAGAUUGAGCUAGUGAAUAAAUCCACCUUCAUCCACCUUGUGAACAAUGCGUACUGGGGCCUGAAUUAAAUUGAUUAGUACAGGUCCUAGAAAUUUAACUGUUUUAUUUACCCCUAUAAAAUAACAAGCAGCUAUAACAUGAAACAAGAAGAGCCUAAUUAAGAUUCCUUUUGAAUGGCUGCCCUUCACUAUUGGAAACUAAUAACCAGAUGUUAUCUUUGACUUUUCUUUAUCAAAACAUAUAUCUACUGUUCACAGUCCCCUAUUUUUCCGUGAGAUCGUCAAGAUAUGGCGCUUCUUACUGUUAAUGGCAGCCAUGUUGAUUGUGAAAUGUACCAAGGGGGCAGGCGUCAGGGAUUAUAGCUCUAGGGAGCGGGGGGGGUGAGAAAAAUUGAGAUACUGUAAAUUUAACAUCACUGCAGCUCUCGUUCAAGGAGCGUGUUGUAUCAGAAACGUAGGCGUUUGAUUAGUCAUUAGAUAAUAGAUAAUAAUUUGCGUUGACAAUGGGCUUAGUUUAAGUUGCCGACACUGAUAAGUCAUCGUUUUUAUAAAACGUACCAUAAGGCACAUCUUGUUCAUAGGCACGAAGGAUUUUUGGUAUUUGUGCCUGAAUCACGUAAGCUAACAUGCUUUUGAAGCAGCGCGGCCAAGGGAAUGUUGCAACACCGUUUCUCUCAAACCUAUUGAAAUUUAAUGCUACGCCAACGCAAAAAGACGACCUGUCAGAAAUGCCUGGCUAUAUGGAGAAGUUUAACCAUUUUAAUCUGUGGUGAAGUGAGCAUGCUUAACGCUUCAAUUAGGAAAAUGUUUCACCUUUACAUGUUUGUCCUAGAAACUGUAUAAAAUCACUGUUUCAAAAGGAGAUAUUUGUAAACAUGCAAAAUUCUGCUAAAUUUGUUUGGCAUGUUUUUCAUUGCCAGGAGAGUUUGUUAAAUGAAUGGUAAAAGGCGUGAAAUGCCUGUCACACCACCUGAACGUGAGCUGCAGUGAUGUUAUGACAGUCCCUCUGUUUUUCUUGCUUCCUCCCAAACCACCCCCACCCCCUAAGUAGUUUUGACACUCACGCAAGAUGGCAGCUUUUAAUGCAAAGCGCUCGAUCUCGACGAUCUUACGGGAAAAUAGGGGACUGUGAACAGUCUACAAAACAUAACACAAUCUUGAGGAAUUAUUCCUGAGCAGCUUUCAUUGGAAUAGUGAAGAUUUUCAUCCAUUCAAAGCAUUUAAAAGUUGGAACCAGUUUGCACUGUACAUUAUAGUAAACUGCACCAUGAAAAAUUAUUCUUAUAAAGUGGAAAAUAUGCACUAAAAAGAAUAAUAAUAAUAAUAAUAAUAAUAAUAAAAACAAUAAUUAUAAUUGUAAUAAUUAUCAAAAUAAAGCUUAUUAUUAUAAUUGUUAUUAUUUGACUGACUGGGGCUUUUUUCAUAUUAGUAUGUCAUCAUCAGAUUUAACAGUUAAGAUCAUUUUCAACAGCCAAUUAUUGCUGUUUUUGUUUUCUUGCCAAUUUUUUUUAUGGUGGGUAUCAUUGGCAAAAUCAUUGCCAUAACUUUGAAUGAUUGAUUUUUUAUUUUUUUAAAGUCAAAAGGUCCUGGUUUUAAGGAAGCUGUCCAGUACUGCCUUCCCAAGCUGCUUAUGAUGCCUAUUUAUCAAUGUCUACACUACUUUGAUCUCAUCAAGGUAAAGAAUUUGAUGCAGCUUAAAUGAGUCUAAAGUUGCGGGCUUGUUUGUAACCGGAAAAAAAAUUAUUGUGAUAUAUAGGAGCUAUGCUAAUGGACAAAAAUCAGUUUAAUUAAACCAUACCCAUAUAAAUAGCUUUUUCCUGGAGUGUUCCUUCUAGCUUUUGCUUCAGUUAUUACCUUGUUGCUGCCUCUUUUUUUUUUCCAGGAACAGAAUAUUAUUGUUAAUGGGUUGAAUCAAUUUUUGUGGUUAUGACUUGCAAAUAGACAAUUUUCAUGAGGGCAACAUUUUUCAAUAAAUUGCCAGAUCUAGAAUUCCUUUGUUUUUAUUGUCUAAUUUUUUGAAUUUAGUAAAGUGGAAGCAUUAAUUAUUUUGUUAUUUAUUAAUUUUUAUUGUGCAUUCUUGUAUUACUAGAGUACACAUAACAUAAGCUAUAAAAAGAAAAAAUAUAUUACUGCAAUAUUAUUACAAUAUUAUUUUUGAACUAGAACAUCUUAUGUGAGGGAGAUACCUGUAUUAAAGUGAUAUCAAAGAAAUGCAAUUAUUUCUAUUUUAUUUUUCAGUUGUUGUUAAGAACAUCUCCUGAUGAAGCUGAUAUUGACAGUUUAAAUCAGGUACCAGAAUAUAUUUUUGUCUAUAGAAUUUAUCAGUGAUAGCUGUUUAACCAAACCCAAAAUCUUGCAUUACAUUAUUUAUUGACAGGCCCAGAGUGCUUUGAAACCCCUCCAGGCACAAAUGGAAAGAAUAGUUCAGUCAUCUGGAAGUCUUGCCAAGAAAAGAGAGUAAGUAUGAGAAAAUUCCAGUGUGUUACAGUCCUCCUGGGCAUUGAAGCACUCGUCGUAACCAUCAUCAACUUUAAUUUCCUCCCUGAGUGUUUGUCCUUUUCUCUGGCCUCUCCUCCUUGCUUCCUUCAUAACUGUGUUUUUACACUAGCCCAACACUUGCUUUGUAUACAAACUUACAGUGUAACUCAAAAUAUUCCAUAGCUGUUUUAAGAAUUUUAGUUAAGCUUUCUACAUAUAUAUUUCAUAUUCUCUGCAUUUUAGAGACUUCAAGUUUGGCAGAGCUCAGAAGAGGAAGUCUGGGGCAUUCCGUUCAGCAGCAGUUCAGAUGAAUGAACUGCAGAGGAACAUCGAUGGUUGGGAGGUAGGUGAUGAGAUGGACACACUGCAUUGUAUAGUACGUAACUUAUAGUUUUUUACUAAUCUGUAUGUAAAUCUUAUGUUAAACUGCGGAAUAGUCAGCCACCCACUGUACCUACGAUUUGGUCAGUAAGCUAAGAAACUCAGAGGACUAGUGACUGCUAAAAACUAGCUACACUGUAGAAUUAAUUUUUAAAAAAAAGAAUAUUAUUAUUUAAGUUAAGAAAGACAGUUUCUUUUGUUUGAACUGCCAAACAUUUUUUUGGCAUUCAUCAGCUCUAUUAUAUUCUUAACCUGAAUAUAAAAAUUGAAAUAAUUACAAAAUGUAUACCUCCUAUCAACAGAUUGUGACUUUUCUGUCUUUAAUAAAUUAUUAGUGACUGCUUCAGCCUGCCGUUCAUUCCACUUAAUAUGUAGGGUGUGACAAAUGAUGAAAAAUUUUGACCCUUCAGUUUUCUAUAGUUUGGAUCUCCUCAAAGCUUGAAAAAACUUCUGUAAUCUGUAAUGAUUUAAUUUUCUCUUUUGGAUGUAAAUUCUAAUAACGUUGUAUUGUACGAGCACAACAGAACAAUCUAAGGGCCUCAGGCCAUCGAACAAUGUGUGUUUGUCAGUUCCUGGUUGAGGUGUUAAAGAUAAAGAGCUUAAGAUAAUAUCUAUAAAUUAAUUUUGUUGUCCUUGGGUUUCUUGGUUGAAGGUUAAAAUUGCUUUUUUUAUAAUGUCUAUAUUUGGUUGCUUUUUAGGGAAGAGAUAUUUCACAAUCAUGUACAGAGGUGAUGAAAGGUAAAGUUGAUGCCCAAAUUUCACUUGUUCAGUUCUUAAAUUAAUAUUUAACUACUUUUUUGGUCCAAAUUUAUUAGAAAUACCCAAAUUUUUUACAUUUCUCUGAGCAAACUCUCUGCUGCAAAGGACUGACACUGAAUUGUCAAUGAAAAAUUGUCAAUUCAGUUAAGUAGCUAUAGUUGAAAAUUGUUUUUGCUUUUAUUUUUGCAUUCCUUUUGUCUCAAAUUUAAGCCAGUGGAGUAAAAACUCCAGCCAAAAAAAGGAAUAAGAAAGAAAAAACUAAAAUGAUAAUAAUAAUAAUAAUAACAAUAUUUAAUAAUAAUAAUAAUACAAAUGUAGUAAUUCCAAUGAUAAUAAUUCCAGGCAAGAAAAGAACAAUGCAAAAGUGUGCACUCCUUGGAUUGGUUCGUGCAUGUAAUUAUCCUUAGAAAGGUGAUGGGAGUCUGAGAUCUUCAUUGGACUUUGUUUCCCAGGGAAAACCCUUUGUUUUAUCAGAUAAUAAUAAUAAUAAUAAUAAUAAUAAUAAUAACAAUGACAAUAACGAUAACUAUGAUAAUGAUAAUAGUAGUGAUAGCCAUAAUAAUAAUAAUAAUAAUAAUAACAAUAAGCUGGCAUUUUUUAGUUAACUGACAAGCCCUUUUGGAAGCUGCAGUGUCCUAACAUGCUACAGUCCAGUUGGUUCCUAUACCAAAGGCAUUAGUCAGGUCUAAUGAGUCAGUACAUGUAGGUCUGGGUUUACUUGAUGUAACUUUGUAAUCUUCUGAUAAAUUUGUCCUAAACAUUGUGUGAACUUCAACAUCAUACUUUGCAGAAAAUUUAUUUUGGUGGUGAGCCCCUUCACAACUGUUUUUUUUUUUUCAUCUCUAAGAAAUAAAAUCUAUUUUAAAUUUAAAUGGUGCAGGAUUGUAAAAUCUGACUUAAAGAGCACCUCAGUUUUUGCUGAGAUAUGAAACAAUAAUAAUAUUAAUAUGAGAAAUUGUUUCUCAUACUAAUAUUAUAUUAUUUAUUAACGUUGUUAGUAUCAACCCUUUAAGCCGACUGAUCCCAAUACAUUUCAUUAUAUUAAAGAAUUUGAUAAGAGAACUUGUUUAAAGACAAAAGCAUUUUCCCUGAGGUGAUCAUUUUAUUAAUUCUCGUUAUAUAAUCUCUUGAUUAUAUAUUGGUAUUGUAAGGAGAAAAUAAAUGUUGUUUAACUCUUGGGACUUGAAGUGUAAAUCAGUGUAUGAUGUACUUUUGUCUUUUCUCAAUGUAGAGGGAACUCUUGGCAAGAUCCAUCCUAAUAAGAAAGACACGGAGAGAUAUGUUUUUCUCCUUGAUGGGCUCUUGAUUUGUUGUAAGCAGGUACUGUGCAGCCAUUUUUAGCUUUUGUUUCACUGCAAGAGUAGUUUAGCCUUUUUUGGCUUUUCUUUCACAUGAUAAAGAAGUGUGUGUCUGAAGCUAGUAAGGCAGUUGUAUUGUAGAACACUAGAUAUUGCUUUAAUUAAUGUUAUUAAACUAAAGAGUAAAAGUUUCAUAACCACCCAUCUUCACUUUGUUUUACCUUGCUAUGUUAUUGACUGUUUCUUUUGUCUUUUUUUUUUCAUGGCUUGCAGAAUACUCGGCAUUCAUUAACAGGACCUUCCCCAGAGU